UUUUGUGUCCGCCCCGUCGCUGGGUCCGUCGGCUCCUUUCGCGGCUCAGAGCAGAGAGUAGAUUAUCGGACAAGAUGGCGGCGUUACGAGUCGCGGUGCUGUCGGGGUGCGGGAGAAGAGCCCUGCUCAGCGCGCCGAAGACCAUCCAGACGCCCACGGCCAACAUGUCCAUGUCCAGCCUGCUGCGGAAAAAGAAGUUCGUCCUCACGGCGCUGGGUUUGGCCACGGCCGGCAACGUUGGACUCGCUCUGAUGCUGCACCAGUCGGUCAAGGCCUCGGACCUGGAGCUCCACCCACCUAAUUACCCCUGGAGUCACGCUGGACCUCUGUCCUCUCUGGACCACGCCAGUGUUCGCCGUGGUUACCAGGUGUAUAAGCAGGUGUGUUCGGCCUGUCACAGUAUGGAAUACCUGGCCUUCCGAAACCUGGUGGGAGUGUCGCACACAGAGGAAGAGGUCAAGACCAUCGCUGAGGAGUCUGAGGUGGUGGAUGGUCCCGACGAGAGCGGAGAGAUGUUCACUCGCACAGGAAAGCCGUCGGACUACUUCCCAAAGCCCUACGCCAACCCGGAGGCGGCCCGGGCGGCCAACAACGGAGCCCUGCCCCCAGAUCUCAGCUACAUUGUCAAUGCAAGACACGGGGGAGAGGACUACGUGUUCAGCCUGCUGACCGGAUACUGCGAGCCUCCGGCCGGAGUGGCGGUGAGAGAGGGACUCUACUACAACCCCUACUUCGCCGGCCAGGCCAUCGGCAUGGCCCCGCCCAUCUACAACGAGGUGCUGGAGUAUGAGGACGGAACCCCCGCCACCAUGAGCCAGGUCGCCAAGGACGUGUGCACCUUCUUGCGGUGGGCCGCCGAGCCGGAGCACGACCAGCGCAAACGCAUGGGCCUCAAGAUGCUGAUGGGAGCGGCCAUCCUCAUCCCUCUGCUCUACUACAUGAAGAGGCACCGGUGGUCCGUGAUGAAGAGUAGGAAGAUCGCCUACAAGCCCCCCAAGUAAAGGCAAACCAACACACCCCCGGCCUGGGGCCUAACACCAACCACAGAGGGCUGCGUUCAACGACCCCACAACGUUCACCUUGCGCAGAACAACACACACACACACACACGCAUGCCUUUCUAAAAAAAAGAGAGAGAGGGAGAGAGAGAGAGAAAUAAGGGUAUAAAUAUCUAGUAUGGUUAUUAUUCUUAUAGAGAAAAAAAAGCCUCUUUUUUUUUUUAGUUGUUGGGAUAGAGCAAUGUGAUUUUUUUUUUUUUUUUAAAUUGCGUCCCGAUAGUUGUGGCGUUCUUGAACGCACCCCGGAGUUUGUUUGUUUGAUCUGCAUCGAAUUCACAUCUCGAUAUCUCUAAACAUCGCUCUGUCACCGUCGGGCGAUAAAGAACCGAACGAUUACCCGUCUUUGUAAGAUACUGUGUAACCACACGAGCGCAGAGGAAAUGGAGAAAUGUCCUUUUUUCUUCCAUCCCUCCUCUGUCGUCUCCGCAUAAGCCAAUCGGUGGAUCGCAACGCAACCUCUGAACCUCUUGUUUUACUGUACAAAAAAUAAAUUAUGUGAAAAGGAACAACUCCCCUGGUCGUGGUGGUUUUUGUUUUUGUUUUUUCAGCAGCAGGAGUUAGACGAGACUCACCGAGCAAUUUACGACACCGCUUCUGUCAUUCUGAUCGUUUCUGUGUGACUUAUGUGGCAUCUACAUAUUUAUCAUGUAAAUAUUCAAUAAACUGGUAUCCCCUGAACACA